AUGUCCCACAAUAACUCGGAGAUGUCUGGUCAGGUAUCUAUCCCUCUAGAUAGAAUCCCAGGACCAGAGGAAGCCGAUAACAUCAGUCAAGACUUUGGUUCUUCGACACAAAACCUGAGCCGUCCUUCGACACAAGAUUCGAAAAGUCCCCCUUCCAAGACACUUCGUGCUUCAGAGCCCCCCAAGAAAGUCUGCAAGCCUGGAACGCUAUUAGUUCUAGCACACUUAGCCCUCUUCCAUCUGCCUUCGGUCGCGAUCACUUUGACGCUUGUUGCAUUGUAUAGCGUCAACCUUCGCUGGGGGGAUCUCAGUGAUGAGCAACUGGGCUACCUGCAGUUUGUAGCAAAGGGACAUGAAACACUUAUAAUCUUAUCUUUAGCCGAUAUCUUAAUGCAUCGGGUGCGAUAUACCCUGUUACAAGACAGAAAUGGUGUUCCGCUCGGCUUCCUUUCAUCAUCGUUCAUUAUAGGAUCUCCUAUUUCCUACUUUUUCAGUUCGGAAUUAUGGACACCGUUGUUACGACCUCGUGCAAAGGCCCAGCGCAUCAGCAUAUGCAUACAGCUUACAGGUAUCCUUAUCAUCAUAUGUAUCAUAAUCUCGGCUGCAGCCGCACCUCUUUCUGCCAUCGCAAUAAUUCCAAGAAGCAAGUUGUGGCACAUUCGCGCGCCCAAGGAAGCAGAAGGACGCAUUCACUUCCUAAUUGGGCCUUUAUGGGAGACAAACCCCAGACCUUCAGGUAUGUACGAUUGGACCAAUUCUAUGGAUGAUGCUCUAUAUGGACUUAAGAGUCUAUUGGAGGAUGCGCGAAUGAACCACACACAGCAAAUCACCAAUGUCUCGUUCGUCCAAGGCGAACGAACUAUUUCGAAUGCUCUACUAGAAGUUUAUGGCCCAGAAGGCGAGGAACAAUCACUGGCGGUUGCAACGACUCCAAUGGCGGCUCUGCAAUCGAGAAAGGGUAAUUGGGAGGACAAACCUAAAAAUGUGCUCACAAAAACUUGGCAGAAAGUCCUAGGUGACCGUUUUGGAUCAGGAUGGGAUACAAGGGUAAACUUGACAGCAGAAGAGAAGUUGAAGGAGUUUCGACGAGUCCCAACAAGUCGAUGGAAGCAGCCAAUCGUUGCUGUCGAGUGCUCAGUGAACGAAACGACAAUGGACACGGCAACAUUUAUGUUCAACUCCAACAUUACCAACAACAAAUUGAUCCUGAACGCUGAAGAUAACGAUGACUUCAAAGCAUUCCUCAAGAAUGCGAUAGAGGGUAACGGGACGUUACCGAAGCCUAGCGGGCAACAGCGUAACUCAACGCUAGAUGUUUCUCCUGUUCAUACCCGUUUCCUAGGUCUACCAGGCAACCGCACCAGCGCGGCAAUACUAUUCAGUCGCUGGGCCGGGCCUGAUGACGACAGGGCCGAGGCGUCACUCUGUCGAAUAUACUCCCGAUGGGUCGAAGCUGAUACAUGGCUGGAGCCCGGCGAAUCUGUCUAUCAAACCCAGCUUGACGCCCCCUUAUUGAAUAUCGAAGCCCACUUUGGAAGCAGUAUUGGGGCUGAGGAUUUCAACAAUAUGAGCAAGGAUUGGCUCAAUGUUACAAGUAAUGGGGAAUUGCACACUCAAGACUCACCAUACGAGAUCAUCUACCGCUUUUGUCGUACGAGGGAGUACAACGCUUGUCUUGCUGUUUCUCUGGCAACACAUAUGGCAUACAUAUUAUCGUCUACAUAUUCGGAUAGUUACGGUAUACAGUCACCGACGUCGUAUGAACGAGAACCGACCACAGGUGAUGCUGUCAUUCUCUUGGAAUAUUUCAUUGGGGGUACUGUGGUCUCGUCAUCCAUGGCACAGUUCAAGUUGGGGUAG